CAAUGUGACACUUGAGUUUGUUAUUGUCGAUUGUUGAUAGUUUUGGUUGUGUCGUUUGCAAUGUGCAUCGAGAAAAUUUGUGCUAAUUUUGGCCAUUGGGAUUUGUGUAUUUGCUUAUGAAAAGCUCGGCUUGUGCUGUGUGCGUGUGGUUGUAACUGUAACUUGUAAGUUUAGUGCUUUCAGUUUUGGUGCUUAGAAAAAUUUCGUGCUUUCAUCGGGGUGUUCGCUUGCCAUGAACAAUCAAAGCAAUGUUCGUUUGUGCCGUGCCGUGCAACAUCAGCCGUGUAUUUAUGAUCACGCCGUGGCGAAUGUGGUUACGCGAGAGGCUUACGAUCGUGCCUGGCUGGAGAUAGCCAAAACGUGUGAGGAGUCGGUUGAUAGCUGCAAGCAACGUUGGCGCGAUAUACGAACCACUUUCGCACAACAACUAGUUGUAACACCCAAAAAGCGUAAAGGUAAUCGCGCACGAGAGAACAAUCUGCACGAUGUGUUAGAAUUUCUUAUACCCCACAUAAAUGACGAACUACCGUUUCGCGAAAGCGACGAUGAAGGAGCAGAGAUUGAAACGACACAUGUUGAUAACAAAGCACAAGAAAAUGCAUACGUAUCGAUUAAGACUGAAGUAGACGACGAUUUAUUAGAAGGGGGUGCGAUCAAACGCGAAAACGAGCAGUUAAAAGAAAAUAUUAAGAAUGAGGUAGAAAUUAAAAUUGGAGAAAAACAUAAUACUGAAGCUGUUAAGGUUAUUGCCGGCAAAAGACCACCAUCCGCUAGACUUAAAGUGUUGAGAAAGAACAGCGAGGAUGUUAAAGUGUCUGAAAGCAAGUCUAUUAGAAAGACAAAGUCCUUAGAAAAGCUUGUUAAUGCAGAAGAAAAGCUACAAACUUUUGUUGAAGCUGAAGUGACUAAGAAGUCAACGAGUGCAAAGAGUAAAGUCGGCACAUUUUACAUUAGUCCCACGAAUAGUGAAUCCGGUACAUUGUGUAUCAAGAAAAAUGGCGAUAGCAAUGAACUUCAUUGCGCAGCAGAUAAUGAAGCACAUGCAGCAGCUAGUGAGAGUAUUUUAGGCGAAUUUGAGCAUAAUGAAAUUGAGCAGCCGGAGAGCAAUGUUGAUGAGACUGAAAUUGACGAACAAAACGAUGAGCCACAAGACGAUUUUGUUAAAACACGACAAUAUCGUUACAAGCGCGCUUGUAAACGUGGCUUGGGUAAGAAGGCGGGCAACCAGCAAGAUUUGCGCCAAAAAGAUAGUUCCAUGAAAAGUAUUAGACGUGGUGCAUACCAUUUGAAAUCACUGGGCGAGGCUACAAACCAAUUGAUAGCGGCUGCUAAGCUGUCGAAGAAAACAGGCGACACAGCGCCAGUUGAAAAUCCAACCACAAAUCUUACAGCGCAUAAAAGAACACGUACCUUAUGUAUACCGCAAGGUGAUAUCACUAUGGUAGGCUCACAACAAGCCACAGCAGCCACAAUCAUGCAAACGUUAAGACCGGAAAGUUCUUUAAGUCCAGCUGGAAAAGUUGCAUUGCACGAUCUCAAUUCUUCACAAGCUUAUAACGAUCAAGGCGUACAAUGCAGUCUGCCGCCAACUUCAAGCGACGAUGAAUUCUUCGACACAUUAAAACCCUACUUGAACGAAAUGAAUGCGCGCCAAAAGUUGCAUUUCAAGAAGAAGAUCUUCGAGUCGUUAAUGGAAGUCUUCGAUAGCCCUAGCGAUUUCCCAACACACGACGAAACGAAAGCCAUCAUACCGAAGCAAUUGAGCGCCGUAAGUAGCGACGAAUUGCAUUUGGUGCGCGAACUCGUCGCUAUGGUGCAAGCAGCCAAGCAUACGCCAGAGCUCCACUUGAACCUGAGUGGUGUUAGUAGCGAGUUGGCCGCUAAGACGAGCGCAGAAAAGUGUGCUAUGACUUCUAGCGAGUUGGCCGCUAAGACGAGCGCAGAAAAGUGUGCUAUGAUUUCACCAACUCCAUCGAUGCGUUCUACGCCAUCACAACCGCCGCCGCCACUAUCAUUACGUGUUUCACCUUUCAAUGCUCCAACAACAACUGCAUAUCAAAAUGCAAAUAGGCCGACACCCAUGUUGCUCUCCAGAGCCGGUGGAACUGCAACUUCUAUGCAAACAACAAGCACCACGACCACAACACCAGGCUUACGUCUUAUACGUAAAUUGGUUAAGGUGAACGAAGUCGGCUCUUCCGCUUACAACUUGCCCACCACAAGCGGUGCUUAUGGGUCGAACAACGGUGAGAUCGUGCAUCGACGCAUUUACCGGAUUUACCCCAAAAGCAAUGUAACUAACGCCAGUUUAGAGAAUGCCGUGAAUGCUAGCGGUGUUGGCACGUUCAUUGUGCCACGCAGCACCGCUGAGGCUACAUCCAAUAAGGUCGGAACAGGCAAUAAGUUAGCCACCACCGAUACAUCAACACCCACCGCUUCACCGACUCCCACCGCUAACACAGCAACUAAACAAAAGUUACGUCAGUUGGUGACACCAGUUAGGGGCGUCAGUUCCUCGACAACCGUGUCAGCCACGUCCGCGAGCUCUGCUCAUGCAACCGUUAAGGCUGAUCGCAAGCCACCAACAAUUAGAAUCGGUGCGCGUCCACCAGCACGCCGUUAUUCAGUUUGUGGCGCCUUACCGAAUGUUACUGCCAGCAGCAACUAUUUAACUACCACUGCCAAUACCAAAGAACAGAUGUCCACAUCACCGAAAAUCACAAUUGCCCAUCGCUGUUCGCCCGCUCAUGUCGUGGGCAGAGAGGUUUUCAAAUUACCCACACCUUUUCGUAGCACAAUAUCCAGCGUAAACGCUACUGUCUCAACUGUUCUCACCAACACGUCUAGCUCCCGAACCUCGCCGGCACUUAGCGUGAGUGCUGGUGAUCGCAGUCCGGCUGUGCGUGCGGUACCCCUCAAUAUGGGUUAUAAAAAAUUCGUGAGCAAUGAUGAUAAAACACCUGCGUGGGCGUCUUCCAGCAAUCCUAAGGCUUGUCGUGACUCUUCAAGCUCUUCACAUAUCAACAACACAUCGUCAAGUUUUACGGCUUCUGGUCCCGUUGUUGGUGAGAAGCGCUCGCUGCCAAUGCUCGCAGAAUAUGGAAAGCGUAAUUGCUCUCUUACAGAGCAGCGAAAGGAUUCGGAAGCUGUCGACGGCUUUAUGGCGGAUAUGGGCAUUAUUGCUUCGGAUGACUUUGCCGUAUUGAAUAUUAAAAGCGAACCAGUUGAUGAGGAUUGAAGUUAUUCUUACAACAAAUAAAUGUUUG